AUGUACAUGGAUAAUUUAUGCUUUAAGGCUUGGCAUCCGAACUCGGCAUUCCACAUUGAAGUGACUGAUUUCAACUCAGAUCUGUGCAUUGCUCAAUUUAACGUUUCACUCUUUCAGCUACUCCAGCGCGAAGCUGACAUGUUCAUUCGAACAAAUCCGAUACUGACCAGUUUGCUUAACGAUUCAUGGGGAGCAUUGCCAAUUUUGGACAACAAGGAACAGUCUGAGCUCUCGCUACCUCACGGAUCUAAACUCCAGCCUGGUGAAAAGCUUGGCCUUGCAUUAAUUGAGCUAAAAUAUGUGGAGUACAAAGAAGACUUGCUUCGCGUACGUGCAAACGAGGACGCUUAUCUUCUCAAACGAAAAGAGAAAGAGUUUUCGGUCGAAUCACUGCGGAUUACAAUCGAGCGGUUUAGCAGGGCGCUGAAGGUUUUUCAAGGGAUUGAUGCUAAAUAUGCCAGCAUAAUUUCGUGGAAAAACAAGAAAAAAUCAGCGGUGUGCUUUGCUACUUUUGUAUACAUGUGUGUGUUUGCUGACUUCGAAUACGCGCUGUCUUACAUAUGUGGUGCGAGCCUCAUGUAUAUGCUGUAUCGACUGCAUCUCCGGCUAGAAGGGGCUUAUGUUGCACGCUGGAUUGGUUAUGAGGAAUACGAGUUUGAACAAGAGGAACAGCAGAAGCUGUACCGGCCAUUAGCUGACUUGCAUGUGGCUGUGCACGAAGCACAUCUAUCUCACGAGACGGACAGUCUUCUCAUUGAAUCGCAGUCACGUAUGAAGGAUAUUUCCUCGUCAAAGCUUGGGUACUAUGUUCGAAUUAAGUACCGACCAAAUGACAAGCAGUCGAAAACGAGGGACAUGGUAUUUAACCCUUCUGGCUACGAUGAGGCUAUUGUUGCCUGGACGAAUGUUGUGAGCAAAAGUCGGAAUCCAACUUGGCGCAAAACCUCGCUGCCAUCAGCUGCUACGGUGCUUGCUGCAAACCUUCGAAAAGCACUUCCGUUCCGGAAUUUUAACGUAUCUUGGCGUCAUGAUUCAAAGAUAUGCACCUGCGACCAAUGUUCCGCACAUCAGCGAAGCUUAAAUGAUGCAGCUGACGCGUCUGCUGCAGCCACUAGCUGUGGCGUCGAUCACCAUGCCUUCUACUUCCCAAUCCCACAAGCAUCUCGGAAAAACUUUUCUGGUCACGAUGAUUUGGUACCGUGGCCGUCAUUUCCUGGUCUUCUGCAAUUUGAUUUGUGCGUGUCUUUGAGUGGCGAAGCAAAGGAGUCACCAGAUCUGAUUGCUGCAACGACGACAAUUCCACUCCGAAGCCUUCUGAAGCAAAACGGUCAGUCGUGUGAAUUACGUCUCCCCCUGUCUUCCUUCUCCACACCAAAUGACAAUUGUGCUCUUCCUUCUCAGCAUUCAAAAGAAUUGGAUGGCAAUUAUCUGGUUGCACGCGUUGGCUUUGAAAUUCCUGAGGAAAGCAAGAUGUCGUCAAAUGAGAAAUGUUUCGUGAGCAAAAAGUGUGAGUUAGAGGAAGUGAGACCAGCUCAACCAACUGUAUCGAGAAAGAAGCGACGAGUGGGUCAUGUGGAGCGCAACUUUUCCGAGUUUGUAUGUGAAAGCAUGGUCGAAAAAGAAAAGUCAAAAGUCCUUGGUGCACACCUUUUAGACGCGUUCUGGAAAGCAAAAGACACAAUCAGGCAGCUGCAAACGGAGAUUGGUCGUGCAUGUGGAGCAUUAGCAUGUGCAGAAAAUCUAUUGAACUGGACACAUCCGUGGAAAACUGCAACCGUCUUUGUUGGAAUAGCUAUGAUGUCGUUGGUGUUUUCAGUUAUUCGUGGCCGCUGGGCGAUUCUCGUUUUUGGUCUAACCGAAUUUGGUGCGGCGUUUGUGAACGAUGCUCCGACCAGCAAACGGCUUAAGAAGAUUGUGUGGAAUUACUUGUCGUCUCUUCCUACCGACCAAGAUCUAAUCGAGCUCUACGAACGUGAGCGUGCUAUUUACAUGAAAACACGCAAAGUACAGCAAGAAAAGGACGAAGAAACGGCGCUUCGUCUUCGUUAUCACGCAUUAUGGAUUGGAAACGUAUCCACAAAAGCUGAAGGCGAACGUCAUGCAAAGAAGCUACUACCAGUGCGCGCAGCCACAUGA